GACUUAUUUCGCGCAGCUGGAGGAUCAGAUUGGGCGCCUCGAGGCGGAAAUACGCAACGGCAGUUUCCGGUGACCGCAGAGGCGUCCAAAGCAGCAGAAUGGAGGAGGUACCGCACGACUGUCCCGGGACCGGCAGUGCCCAGGCGGGUCGAGGGGCUUCAUGUCAGGGGUGUCCGAACCAGCGGCUAUGCGCUUCGGGAGCUGGUGCUGCGCCGGACCCGGCCAUAGAGGAAAUCAAAGAGAAAAUGAAGACCGUGAAACACAAGAUCUUGGUGCUGUCUGGGAAAGGCGGCGUGGGGAAAAGCACCUUCAGUGCCCACCUGGCCCACGGCCUAGCAGAGAAUGAGAACACGCAGGUGGCUCUCCUAGACAUUGACAUCUGCGGGCCGUCGAUCCCCAAGAUCAUGGGACUGGAGGGAGAACAGGUUCACCAGAGCGGCUCGGGCUGGUCUCCAGUGUUCUUGGAAGACAACUUGGGGGUGAUGUCGGUGGGUUUCUUGCUCAGCAGUCCUGAUGACGCCGUCAUCUGGAGAGGACCAAAGAAAAAUGGCAUGAUCAAGCAGUUCCUCCGCGACGUGGACUGGGGGGAGCUCGACUACCUCAUCGUGGACACCCCGCCCGGGACGUCGGACGAGCACCUAUCGGCCGUGCAGUACCUGGCCGGGGCGCACAUCGACGGGGCGGUGCUCAUCACCACGCCGCAGGAGGUGUCGCUCCAGGACGUGCGCAAAGAGAUCAGCUUCUGCCACAAGGUGAAGCUGCCCAUCAUCGGGGUGGUGGAGAACAUGAGCAGCUUCCUCUGCCCCCGCUGCCAGAAAGAGUCUCAGAUCUUCCCUCCCACGACCGGGGGUGCGGAGGUCAUGUGCCAGGACCUGAAGAUCCCGCUCCUCGGCAAGGUGCCUCUGGAUCCGCGCAUAGCUGAGAGUUGUGACAAAGGACAGUCUUUUUUGGUCGAAGCUCCGGAUUCACCAGCCACCCUGGCCUAUAGAAGUAUAAUCCAGAGAAUCCGGGAGUUCUGCGAUCUGCGUCCACCUGAAGGAGCGAACCACGUCGCCUCCUGAAGGAGGAGGGUGUCCGGGGCGCAGGCUGCGCGUCUGUCCCCCAAGCAGCCUGGGGAGAAGGUGGUGCGGCACAGGCAGGAAGGGCCCAGCCCCAGGCAUGGCUUGGAGAGCCUUGCAGAGACUUUACUCGUCGUUCCCUGAGCACAAGCUGUACAGAGCCGUGUUUACAGACGUGCCAUUUAGAAAAUAAAAACCUCUCAAGCCUCGGGCCCGAGGCCUGCUCCA